AAGAGAUUUGCCCCACAACAUGGAGACGAGGCUUGGCUACGGGCUGCUACUGGCUGCGCACUUCAUCCUCGCCUGCCAACAAGUUCAUGGAUAUGUGUACAGGAACCAACGCAAGUUUUCAGAAGAGAUUGACUGGUCCUAUGCAGGAACUUUAAACCAAAAGAACUGGGCUAAGAAGUUCCCUUCAUGCAGUAAUGCCCGGCAGUCCCCCAUCAACAUCGAGGAGAGCUUGGCCCAGGUGAAGCUGCAGUUCCAGGCUCUGCGCUUUGAAGGUUGGGACGCCCUGACCUCUGACACCACCACCAUCAAGAACGACGGCAAGACUGUGGCUGUGAACAUAGACGGGGACUUUCACUUGAGUGGUGGCGGUCUUCAGUCGACCUUCAAAGUGGGGCGCAUCACUUUCCACUGGGGGCGCUGUAAUGCUACAUCAGACGGCUCCGAACACAGCCUGAACGGGGUCAAAUAUCCUUUAGAGAUGCAGAUUUACUGUUUUGACCCGACUCGCUUUGACUCCCUGGACGAGGCCAUUAAAGCGGGAGGCCGGAUCACCGCUCUGGCCGUGCUGUUCGAGACCAGUCCUGAAGACAACAUCAACUUUGUCCCCAUCAUUGAUGCCAUCAACAGUGUCAGCAGAUAUGGUAAAACCAGUGAAGUGUCUCCUUUUACUCUGCGCGGCCUACUGCCAAACUCCACAGAGAAGUACUUCCUGUAUAAUGGAUCUCUGACCACGCCCCCCUGCAGUGAGACAGUCGAGUGGAUCAUCUUCAAAAACACAGUGUCCAUCUCUGACGAACAGCUGGAGAUGUUCUGUGAGGUGAUGACCAUGCAGCAGGCCGGGUAUGUGAUGCUCAUGGACUAUCUCCAGAACAACUACAGAGACCAGCAGGAGCAGUUCAUGGGACAGGUCUUCUCCUCCUACACUGGCACUGAGGAGGUCCACAUACCAGUGUGCAGUUCGGAGCCGGAGAACAUUCAGACCAUGCCGUACAAUCUGAGCAGUCUGCUGGUGAUGUGGGAGAGACCGCGGGCUGUGUAUGACGCCGGCAUCGAGAAGUACUCAGUCAAAUACUGGCUUGCAAACACAAAGUACCCCACCCCCACGGAGUACCUCACUGAUGGUGACCAAGAUGUGGGAGCCAUCUUGGAUAACCUAUCCUCCAACACGAGCUACAUGAUCCAGGUGGUGGCAGUGUGCACAAACGGUCAGUACGGGCGAAGGAGUGACCCGCUCAAGGCUGACAUGCCCAUCGAGGACCCGGAAAAUUCACUCAUUUCCAAAUCAAAUGAAUUUGAUGAAGACGAUGAAUAUGGCCCUGACUUAUCCUGGAAUGAACCAGUCGAAAAGGACGAUUACGAAGUUGUUUUUGUUCCCACAAAAUCUCCGAGCACAACAACUACAGAAUUUCCACGAUUACCUCCGCCAGGCCUUAAAACUACAACCGCAGAACCAAGAUGGAGAAGCAUUACCACAGAAUCUCCAAGCAAAAUUACUCAUUCCAUUCAGAGUGCUUCCAAAAAGACUCCACAUCACAGUACCACCACACAGCCACCAGAGGGAACUGUAGCAUCAGAAAACAGGGGAAGGCUGCAUUUGAAUGUACCUGUAUACACCACUACUACUACUGCAAGAGCACACACUACCACAAGGCCUUGGUACUCCACAAGUGCGAAAGCAGAUAGCAGCCUUCAAAGCCCUAAGCAUGUUACAGACAAAGACAGUAGUAUUUUUAGUACUACCACUACUGCGUCAUCACUUUUUACCAGUCCAAAGACUAAAACCGGAAAAGGUUUAUUCCCGGUUAGUUCAAACAAGACUUCUAAUGACUUCAGCACGACACCUCCCAGCCCCAAACUAAAAGAUGAAAAAUCAUAUAGUCCUACUACUACUACAGAGACAAUUAAAUCAAGCUCACACAAUGCUAGCAUGACAACUAGCAAGACGACAACACCUCCUCCAUUCGUCAAACUUGCGAGUGACCGAGGUCUGCUACACCCUGCAAAAGUCGGACCCAAGCGCAAUGCAAGUAUGUUCACGACAACCGAAGCCCCUCCUGUCUUCCACCAAGAAAACUACACUACCUAUAAUGCACCGUCCCUCCAAGAAAACUCCACCACCCUUAAUACCUCUUCGACCCAAGUCCUCCCUAUCCAACCCACAUCUUCUAGCCCAAGUUUGUCCACCUCCACAGCUCCUUUUGGCACGUUCACUGACUUGCCGACUUCUCUACCAAACGAUGCAAGUAACAGCAGUCAUGAGUCUCGCGUGGGCUCCAUCAGAGACAGAGAGAAGAAGGCUGUGGUCCCUCUGGCUGUCAUCUCCACCCUCACCGUGUUCGGCCUCAUCGUGCUCAUCAGCAUCUUCAUCUAUUGGAGGACCUGCUUCCAGACCGCUCAUUUCUACAUUGACGACAGCUCCUCACCCAGAGUCAUUUCACCGAACCAUGCUGGCCUCGCAGAUGAUGAACAGACAGUAUUUCCUGUGAAGGAUUUUGUGAAACAUGUGGCUGAUCUUCACGACACUCAAGGUUUCCAGAGGGAAUUUGAGAUCCUGAAGGAGAGCUAUGAGGAGGUGCAGACGUGCACGGUGGACAUGGGUCUGACCACAGACAUCUCCAAUCACCCUGAUAACAAAAACAAGAACAGAUACAGCAACAUUCUGGCCUAUGACCACAGUCGUGUCCGCCUCGCUCCUCUUGCUGACAAAGAAGGAAGGACCAGUGAUUACAUAAACGCAAACUUUGUCAAUGGUUUUAAGCAGCCAAAGCUGUACAUCGCAGCCCAAGGUCCACUCAGGUCUAGCAUGGAGGACUUCUGGAGGAUGAUCUGGGAACAAAACGUUGGGGUUAUCGUCAUGAUCACAAACCUGGUGGAGAAUGGACGAAGAAAGUGUGACCAGUACUGGCCAGCUGAGGUGCAGGAGGAGUUCGGCAGUUUCCUGGUGACACUGAAGAGCUCCAAACCACUGGCCUAUUACACCGUCAGGACAUUUAGCAUGAGGAACACCAACGCCAAGAAGGGCUCUCAGAAAGGUCGCAGCAGGGAGCGCACAGUGACCCAGUUUCACUACACCCAGUGGCCUGACAUGGGGGUGCCCGAGCUGGCCCUGCCUCUGCUCAGCUUCAUCAGAAAGUCCUCCAGGGCCCGCACCGAGGACAUGGGCCCCCUGGUGGUGCACUGCAGCGCCGGAGUGGGUCGGACGGGGACCUACAUCGUCCUGGACAGUAUGCUGAAGCAGAUCACAGAUGAGGGAACGGUCAAUAUUACAGGGUUCCUCAAACACAUCAGGACUCAGAGGAACUACUUGGUCCAAACUGAAGAACAGUACGUGUUCAUUCACGACGCUCUGGUGGAGGCUGUCCUGUGCGGGGACACUGAAGUAGCCGCGUCACAUUUGCACAGAUACGUGGACGAACUGUUGACCCCAGGGCAAGCUGGGAAAACGCGCCUCGACAAACAAUUUAAGCUGCUCUGUCAUUCUUCACCAAAGCAGUGCGACUUCACCACAGCCUCAAAGGAAAGCAACGCAGCCAAGAACAGGAGCGCCGCUAUCUUACCAACUGAAAGAUCUCGUGUACGGUUGUUGACAUCAGCUGGAGAAACGUCAGACUACAUAAACGCAUCUUACAUCGCUGGUUACAGAAACAGCAGUGAAUUCAUCAUUACCCAGAAUCCUUUGCCUGGUACUGUCAAGGAUUUUUGGAGGAUGAUAUGGGACCACAACACUCAGGUCAUUGUUUCGCUGCCAGGGUCGACCACCAAUGGGGAGGAGGAGGCGGAGUCUUGUGUCUUCUGGCCGCGUAAGGGAGAGCCAAUCAGCUAUGAGACGUUCACAGUCACACAGAAAUCAGAGAACCACAUCUGCUUGGCCAAUGAGGACAUGGUGGUGCUGCAGGAGUACGCACUGGAGGCCACACAAGACGACUAUGUGCUGGAGGUGAGACACUACCGCGCCCCCCGCUGGCCAAACCCAGACAGUCCCAUAAGUAACACAUUUGAGCUGCUCAGCCUGGUGAAGGAGGAGACGCACUCAAGGGAAGGGCCCACUGUCGUCCAUGAUGAUGUGGGCGGAGCCACAGCGGGGACCUUCUGCGCUCUGCUGUCUCUGAGCCGACAGCUGGAGGCGGAGCAAACAGUUGACGUGUUUCAAGUGGCCAAACUCACAAACCUGAUGAGGCCAGGAGUCUUCACAGAUGUGGAGCAGUACCAGUUCCUGUACAGGGCCCUGCUGAGUGUGGUGGGACAGCAGGAGGACCAGAGAGUGCUCCAGUCCACAGACAACAACGGGACCAUCGUUGUGGGAACGGCCAGCACCGCCGAGAGCCUGGAGUCCUUAGUUUAACACACACCAUUCUACUUUGUGGACUCUUAACUGAGCGUCAUACUCUGUCUUAAAACACACCAACCAAUGUAAAACAAUCAGGCAGAACAUUAGCAACCAACAGCCCAUUACAACCUCAUAGGCAACAACUGUUUGAUCUUUAAAGUACUUUUAUACUGAGUACUACAGAUCUAUGUCCAACCUCCUCAAAUCUAUUUCUAUUUUUAACACGUGCCAAUGUUGCUGAUGUUAACUGUCAGCAGAGGUGGUUACAAAACUGCACUUAGGUAAGAGUACUGUUACUUUUUUGAAAAUCUUGAUAUUAAUUGCUCAACAUCUGAUCUAUAGAUAGAAAAAAGUACAGUUAAUUAAGUAAGUUAAAAGUACUGACCAGCCAGAAAACGUCAAAUGAUUUAAUACUGCCAAGAUUUUGUCACUAAUACUACAGUGGCAAAAGUACAGACAGAAACUUUAUCUCUUAUUACUCAACUGGUAAAACUACUCACUCAAGUAUAUUUCUUUAUAAUAACUACAUCCUUAUUAUUGUUGUUAAAUCAUGAACAAAGACUAUUUAUAAGAAUUAUUGAGACUUAGUAACUACUUAAUUAUGAGUUAGUAGAGUAAAAUCAAGCGGUUACUAAGCCUGAAUCAUUCUUAAUAAACUAUUUUGUUGAUUAAUUAGUCUUUUGUCAUGCAGUAUUAAGGUUAUUUAAAGUGGGACUAAACCCCUAAACUCCGCCCACAACCACAUUUAAAGUUUAUCAUAAACAUAGUUCUGCGUGAUAUUACCAACUACUGGGAACUGCAGAGGACACUGAAAUCAGCACAUUUAGGCGUUUUUGACCAGAAUGUACAGAGUUUACACAAAAAUUGCAACAGUAAUGCUAUUAAAACACCAUAUAGACAUUUUAAUAACUGGAAAAGGUGUUUUUUUGUUUUUGUUUUUUAGUCUUUAGUUCCACUUUACGAUUUAGUUAUUAUAAAGUUUAAACACACACACACGUUUAAAAAGUUUCUUGAGUGUAUAUAUUCCUAACCAGCUGUGCCUAUCAGUGGUAAUAAUGUUUUGCCUGAACAAUAACCAGACCAUUAGUACUGCCAUAGCUCUACUGCCAUACCUGCUGGACUUCGUAUUGUGUGCCUUUUUGUACCUUCAUCGUCUCCUCCUAACACAUUUGAUACCCACUGUAGAGUAACAUCGCAAUUUGAUUUGAAAUGUGGACUAACCAUUUCUUUUUAAACCUUUGUAUUUAUUGGCACUGAGCCUAAAGCAAACAAAAAGGGAAAAUUUGCAUCUUUUUACAUCAAAUGGAUAUUUUGUUAGCAUCUUUUAUAGAAACUCACGCACUGAAUCUCUCUGUAAAUACCACUGCAGCCGUAGCAACCGUGAGCUAUUGAAGGCGACUGUUUGACAAGGGCCUGGAAUAAUUAUUAAGAAUAUUAAUCUAAUGUAAAUAAUAUUAUAGUAAUCAACUUGAUGGACCAAAUUUCUAUUUAUACCUUUAGAUUUUUAUAUUUGAGCGUUGUUAGUGCGUUUGGAAGUUUUGUUUCAUUUUAAUUGCUUAGCCUGAAGGACGUCAUUUGAUUUUAUACUUUUGUAACAGACUAAAUGUAAUGCAUGGGUACUGACUAAACACUGCUGGACUGUUAGCUGUAGGACAUUAAACAUGGAAAAGUAUUGGAAAAAAACA